AUGUCGAUGCGCAUCGUCCCCAAAUCCGGCCACGCCGACACCUUCCAAGCGACGACAACAUCCGCCCCCUCGGCGCCCGGAGUACACGACACCCUCCGCCACGGUGUAGCCCCCUCAGCCUACGAUGCCAGCGUCCCUGCCUCCGCCCACCCCCUCGAGGCCCGACUGAAGAACUGGGAGGCCACGCAGGAGGCCCUCAAGAUGAACACGCUGCGUCGCACAUAUGGCCUCGCGGAACCCGUGCGCCGUGGUAUGGAGCUCAAGAUGGUGCGAGACAGCGAGUGGCGGCCUCUGGCGCUCCAGAAUGGAGCGGGAAAGAGCGUGCAUGAGGAUAUCCUCAUGGGCCGCGAUGACAUGAUCACAUGGGAGGAUAUCUUUACGAACGAGGAGCAGAGGCAGGUGCCUGGUGUGCACGAGGAGAUGGAGAAGAAGCUCAAGAUUUAA